GGCGUCGAAGAAAUAGGGAGUGACAGAGAGAGAGAACGCAGAAACAGGGGCUUUCGUAAUAUCCACUCCCUCCCUAUCCUCUUUCUCUCUGGGAUUUUGAAUUUAGGGCUUUUGGCAAUCCGUUUCAUCGUUCUUCUUCCUCUUCGUCCACGAACUCUAUGGGUUCCGAAUCGGUCUCCGUUGCUGUCCCCAGAGACCACUGCAAGAAAAACAGGACGAACAAGAAACUGAAGCAGAGCAAGCUCGAUGUUCGACGCGAGCAAUGGCUUUCUCAAGUCAAAAACAAGGGAUGCAAGGUGGAUUCAAAUGGGAGGGGUGAGUCUCCCCCAUCACACACGCAAAUAGCCAAUUUGCAGAGUGGAUCAGUGGAAACUUUGGAAAUGAGGUCAAGAGGAGAGGAUAAUGAGGGGCAGGGCUCCAGUAUCCAUAACAGUGAGUUGGAGUCCCUGAUGGACAUCCCAAUUGGAAGCAAUUUGGAUCACAAUGAUUCAAGGAAGGGUCUUAGUGGGAGCAGCAGCAGCAGUAGCACGAGCAGUGGUUGCUCUGGAAGUUUCAGCGAGGAAGAAGAGGAUGAUGGGUGCCUGGAUGACUGGGAGGCGGUUGCAGAUGCUUUGAAUGCAGAGGACAAUCAGCAUAACCCAAUUUCAGAGGCCCCUGACGAACCUGAAACUAGGCUUGAAUCUUGUAAUACUGGAGAAUCUGACAGUAAUCCUGGAGUGGGCUUUUUGGAUACAGAGAGCAGGAAAGUCAAAGUGGUACCUGAAUCACGUGUGAAUUGUCGGGCAUGGAGACCUGACGAUGCUUUCCGUCCUCCGACUCUGCCGACUCUCGCCAAGCAGCACAGUUGUCCAGUGAAGUCAGAAUGGCAUUGUGGCCGCGGAGCCAUCACGUGGGCAUGGCAAAGCAUCAUGUCCCACCAGCCUUCUUCGUGUCCUAUCUGCUAUGAGGAUUUAGAUGUUACAGACUCCAGCUUUCUACCAUGUUCAUGUGGAUUCCGGCUUUGCCUUUUCUGUCACAAAAGAAUUAUGGAGGCAGAUGGGCGAUGCCCAGGCUGCAGAAAGCAGUAUGAUCAUAUAAAUGUUGAUAUGUGCUUCAGUGAAGGGGUCACUCCUUUCCGAGUUUCUUGUUCUCGCAGCAUGAGCACUAGGUCUUAGAAAGGUGGUUUCUACUCUUUGAGAUGCCAUGUAUAUGCUCUCCCUCUCUCUCUCUCUCUCUCUCUCUCUCAUGUGGUAGUCAUGGUCUUUUGAUUCUAGAACUUCAGUUUCCAUUGAGGAAGACGUGAGUAAUUGAUAGGGUUUCGAAACAUUCCAAGCACUGAAAUGGACUUUAUGAGUCAUUCACUCUUGUAUGCUGUUUUGCGCAUGUAGAUGUCAGAAACAUAAGCGAUUACGUUAAUACAUGAGGUGCUAUAGACUUUGAGAAUAUAAAACGAAGUACAGUUAUUUUGCUUCA